CCCCUCUCUCUCACAAGUGCCGACAGUGCCACGGUCCUCACAUUCGUCGCAUCAAUGCAGGCGCGUGCAGGAGUUUGGAUCGUGGGUCAUGCUGAGUACGUCCUGAAGAUCAAGUGUCCGGUGUGUCUUGGGAUGAUUCCGUCCCUCGAAUCUGGCUUAGUCGCGGUAUCGUACUCCUGGGCUCGCUUGAUCUCGCUGCGCAGGUGUAGAUCCCGAUGGACGUCGAUGUGGAACAUUGUGUGGGUUUUUGUCGACACGUUGAUGUGAUCUAGCUAGCCAGCGCACGGAUGGUUGCGGACAUUCGUAGAGGAUUUGCAAGGUUUCCGGGAUUCAAGCUGCGAGUCUGAAUUUGAAGGGGUGUCGUGCGCAAUGGGGACUCUCAUCGGUCACAUCGCGCCGUCUCUGGUACUUUGCUUGGUUGGGUUCUGGCAUUUGUUUUCAGUUUUCACCAACUACGUGAAAUCGCCGCGGGAUUAUGCUGCCAAGGCAUGGCAUCCCGUGAAUUGGCUGCCGAAUCGGGCGAAGCACAUUGAACUCUACCUUCUAGUGGUUUUCAUACCCAUGGCUCUUUUCUAUGAGCUAGGAGUCUCCACUAACUUCCAGCCCAUUGUGGAUGGAGUCAUUGCGAAGAACAGGGUUGCCAGCUUCGAGCACUCGACUACGCUCGUCAUGUUCUGGAUGUACGCCGUGAUUGUGCUGUUGAGUGAUGCCACGAGUGCGUUGCCGUUGCCCAGUGAUGCCUCGUUUCUCUUCGCAAGCAUUGCAUUUGGGUUGGAGUGGAUUUCAGUCACACAUCAAGCAGCUCGCAACAUUGGGCUGGAGAGUCAGUGCAACUUGCUGCUUGCGUAUGUAGCAGGUUUGUGUGCAGUAUGCUCAGCUCUGCUGGCUCUCCGAUCGAAGCUAUUCCUGGUGGACGUGGUCCUCAGCAUGGGCAUCAUUCUCCAUGGCACCUGGAUGUUUCAAAUGGGUCUUUUCCUCUAUGUGGAGAAUUACAUUCCUCAGGGAUGUCAUUAUCGUCUGGACCUUCCCACCGGCAUCGACGGCUCCACCGUCUGCGAUCUGGAGGUAACACGAAUCCGAGCAGUAGCGCUAAUGAACCUCGCAUUCAACUUUCAUGUGAUCAUGGUGGUAUUCUUUGCAGUGUGCGUGUUUGCUCUGGUGGCAAAAGUUCACGGCACCAGACGUGGCUAUGACCCUCUCUCUCGCGACAUGGAUGUCGAAAUUAAGCCAGUACCCAAGCCUCACUCCGACAGACCUUAGACUCACACAAACACAUCUCUCUCUCUCUCUCUCUCUCUCCUUGUAUACAAUGACACAACCAUCUUUUAGGGUUAGGGUUGUGAUUUCUGAAACGCCAGCUUUAUUUAGCAGAUUAGUUAUUGGAUUUUGGUCAGCAUGCUGGUAUGUUUAUUAGGACUUUGAUAUGUCCUGCAUCAUCUACCACCAUUAACAUGUAACUUUAUUGUAGACAUGCAUUCACCAGGGAGAUACCUUAAGGUUCUCGAGUGUGUGCUACUCAAAAUUGUGUUGAUCCUCUUGCUAGUCUAGACACUCGUAGCUGGAGCAGACUAGUUAUUGCAUCUUCAAUGCGUAACUGCAGAAGCAUCAUCGUGUACUAUGAUAUUCACUUGCUUGCAGUUGGUCAUGCAGUUUCUGGAGUGGAUUGUGUGGAAAUCGCAGCUUCUGUUUGACUGGGAGUCUUAUCGGUUUUGCACGUUUUGUUGUUGUCUCUACUAGAAAAUCAGAAUAUGUGCUUGUUCCAUUCGGGGUUUCAAUCCUUUGGCGUUGAACCUAGUGUUGUUUGAAGAUGAAAAUAAACGAUCCUUCUGAUUC